AUGGAUGCGGAUGGCUCGGCCCAGGAUGAAUCUGUUAGCGGUGGUCCGGGACAAGCUGCCAUCAGUGGUAGUCGAGCUCAGAGUCCAUCUGCAUCAGCAAGUGGUUCAUCGUCAACCUCAACGACACCAACAGAUGUUCAUAUGCCAGUUGCUGAGAAUUGGUGCCACACACAGGUAAAAGUAAUCAAGUUUAAUUAUAUGUGGACUAUUAACAAUUUUUCAUUUUGUCGUGAAGAAAUGGGCGAGGUACUGAAAAGUUCGACAUUUAGUGCUGGUUCGAACGAUAAAUUAAAAUGGUGUUUAAGGAUUAACCCAAAAGGACUUGAUGAGGAAUCAAAGGAUUACUUGUCACUUUACUUGUUACUAGUACAAUGUGCUAAAAAUGAAGUACGCGCUAAAUUUAAGUUUUCAAUACUGAAUGCUAAGAGGGAGGAAACUAAGGCCAUGGAAUCUCAACGUGCAUAUCGCUUUGUGCAGGGAAAGGAUUGGGGAUUCAAGAAAUUUAUUCGAAGGGAUUUUCUUCUCGAUGAAGCAAAUGGUCUCCUUCCUGAAGAUAGAUUAAGUAUUUUUUGUGAGGUAUCAGUUGUAGCAGAAACAGUUAAUGUAACAGGACAAUCAAAUCUUAUGCAAUUCAAAGUACCAUCUUGCCGAUUAUCCGAUGAUAUGGCUAAUCUAUUCGAAAAACAUUGUUUCUCGGACUGUCUUCUGGUUACCGGUACAAAGGAGUUUCAUGUACAUAAAGCAGUAUUAGCAACAAGGUCUCCUGUAUUUGCUGCAUGCUUUGAACAUAAAAUGAGUGAGUCACAGUCAGAUCGUGUCAUCAUCGAUGAUGUUGAACCGGAUGUUAUGAAAGAAAUGUUACGAUUUAUGUACACUGGCGCAGCGCCCAAUCUUGAUCGCAUGGCUGAUACGCUCUUAGCCGCGGCUGACAAAUAUCAAUUAGAUAGAUUGAAAGUUAUGUGUGAACAAGCGUUAUGUUUAAACCUUACGAAUGAAAAUGCCUGUGAGACAUUGAUACUUGCCGAUUUACAUAGUGCUGAACAGCUGAAGCAUCAGGCCAUUGAUUAUAUCAAUGUACAUGCAAAUGAGAUUAUGGAAUCAGAUGGUUGGAGUUGCUUGGUGCGCGAUCAUCCACCAUUACUUGCUGAAGUGUUCCGUGCAUUGGCAACCCAACAAACGCCACCAAUCAUUAUGAGUCAUCCACCGCGGAAACGUCUGAAACACUUAUAG